GGUUGGUGCGUAAUCUGUGUAGCACCAACAUAACAGAAAGCCCUUAUGCAUAUCUCAAUAUGGCAGUACUAGCAGCACAACUCUAUAAUGCUGUAGAUUGUGGCAAUAGUAACGAGCUUCAGAGACUUAUUGACAAUGGUGCUGAUGUAGACCAGUGCUAUGAUAACUAUUCUCAUCGUAAAUCUAUCUUACAUUUUGCUUGUGGAAAAGGAAGGAUUGAUUGUGUAAAAAUAUUACUGGAUCAUGGUGCUUCCGUCAGUAUACGAGAUAAAUGGAGGAUGCCUCCUAUUAUGUAUUGUAUCAGUACAAAUUAUUUAGAUAUAGCUAAUAUGUUGAUUGAAAAAGACAGGAAAACAGUAGAUGCCCAGGAUAUGCAUGGCAGAUCAUCUCUCCAUGUUGCAGUAGAAGAUGGUUCAGAAACUGCAAUUAAUUUGCUUUUACAAAGCGGAUGUGACGUAAAUAUUCAAACUUUUAACGGUAUAUCACCACUUAUGUUAUUGAUGUCGUCAAAGGAUAUAGACAGUUACUUUCCAUUAAUGAAGAUGCUUCUUGAAUCAGGAGCCAAUGUUAACCUAGAGAGCUUUAGAGACAACAGAACUGCAUUACAUCUUGCAUCGAUUACAAAGAAAGUAGAUGCCGUUGAAUAUUUGUUGAAACUUAACGCCGAUCCAAACCAUGUGGACACAUCUGGUAAAACACCUUUAACCAAUCUACUGGAUCAUCAUGUUCCAAUCUACCAACAAAGGCCAAAAAUUACCGAUGACGUCAUGUGCAUUGCCGUACUUCUGACACAAGCAGGUGCAGAUAUGAACUUGACGACAACAGAACUUUCCAAUCCUCUCAUUAUGGCUGAACAUGUCAAAUGCCAUCAAAUGGUUCGACUUUUCUUGGAUCAUGGGGCCGAUGUAAAUAUGAGAUUCCCUUACUCUAGACUUACACCUAACAUCUUAUAUUCAUGUUUCAGUCCCUUACUCUAG